AUGUCAGUGCUGAGCUUGCCAGAUUCCACCCGGGAUAAUGACAGCCUGAUAGGAAAUUCUCCACAUCCAGCCGAACCGUCGAUAUGGACUGAUCGGGCCGUGCAGGAGGCAUGCCUGAUGCGCUACUUCGUUGAGGAGCUGGCCCCAUGGUUCGAUUCCUGCGAUGCUGGUAAGCAUUUUGCCCUUGUAAUGCCGGAUCGCGCAGCCCAGUGUCCGGCCUUGCUCUACGCUGUCUACUCGGCAGCUGCACGACAUCUCGGUCGCUGGCAGUCCACGGGGACCCGCCCGGUCGCCUUUGCGGGGAGACGUCUACCCAAUCUUGGGGAUGGCAUGGCCCUCGAUUACCAGUCUCUCUGCAUUUCCCAUUUGGUGUCAGCAGAUGACGCCGAGAUUCACAACGUGGACCUCCUGGCGGCGUCUGUCAUCCUGCGUUUUUAUGAGGAAUUCGACGUUGGCAGUGACGGGAAAACUCAUCUGCGUGGCACCCAAGUCUUCCUCAACGCUCAGGGCCACGCUGCAUUGUGCUGUGGCGGACUGCAACUAGCGGCCUUCUGGGUUGGCAUCCGACAGGAGUUUCACAAGGCCUUCCUCGAACAGCGAGUCGCCAAGCUCGAUCUCAGUUGCUGUGAAGCGUCUGUCUAUCGCCAGUUGGAUUCCGCGGACGAUCCCACCUGGGCGAAUCGAGUGGUGUUGCACUGUGUCGAUGUGCUCCGGUAUUGCUAUGGUGAGGAAGGUCAGACCCGGGGGCGAUACGAGGAGUUGUGUGCCUACAACCAGCAAUGGCAAGCUCUAACUCCGCCUACCUUUGACCCCUUGUAUUGUCGACCUCCAAAUACCGUCAAGGGGGAGAUUUUUCCCGUUUUGUGGUAUUUGGAUGACUGCAUCGGUAAGACUAGACUCCUUAGAAGAGAAGAUCAAUCAAUGCUGACCAAGCUCACAGUCACUGGUAUUCAGCAUUGCCACCUCGCACGUCUUCUUCUGACGGUGUUUGAUCCCACGGUGCCUCGCCUUGGGCCUGGUCGCAAGGCAGCCGUUGCACGAAGAGAGGCCGAGGUCAAGCACCAUGUCUUCAGUCUUUGUGGGAUAGCCAUCUCUAACAAAACCGCUCCGGCCCUCGUUGCUGCCUGUAUGGGAGUAUCCAUGUGUAUGCUAUCUUUUCUCCCCUAUGGCAAAAAUAUCCUGGCUGAUCCUGUUGUUUCAGGUGGUGAUCGCAUGACUGAUAGAAGGGAGCAAGAGGCCCUGUUUGACAUUUUGCUCAAGACCGAGCAGAUUCAUGGGCUAUCCACCACCCAUGCACAAACCUCUCUCCGGGCGGCCUGGGAAUGGGAUGCUACAAUCUCGCAAAACCACAACGUACCUUUGCCCAAACUCACGAUCGCAGGCUGUGGCAACGGAGACGCUUCUGUUGGUGUUGCGCUUCAUGGCGGCGAAGAUGCUCCUUUUGGCGGAGCCGUGGUUGUUGGAUAUAUGUCCAUAACCGAGUUGAUCGGUUGUUAG